AGAAUGCCGGCCCUAUAUAAGGCACAGCUAGCCCCACAGAGAGUUUCCAUCUUCCCAUCGCCAAUUCGCCAUCCCAUCUCGCUCUCUUGGACCAGCCAGCCUCCAUGGCCACAUGAAAGAGAGGGGCAGCCUAAGCUAGCUCCACACAUCGCUUUCACCUUGCCUUGGCUUGCCUAGUUGUCUUGGGAGUAAGAACAAGGUCGCCUUCGUCCUCCUCCCCCACCGCACGGUUGCAUUCGCGCCGCGCCAUUAUUACGACACACGGGCACACAGCACAGCUCAUCUCUCUCUCUCUCUCUCUCUGGCUUCCCACAAACACGGACUGCCGGUAUAGCCCUGAUGAAGCCGUCCUCUUCGACGGCGGCCGCCUUCUACGCGACGCUGGCCCGGGGGCUGGACGACCUGGACCGCUCCCUGGCGUCGGGGUCCUUCCUCUCGCUGCCGUCCCUCCGCGCCGCCCUGGCGCUCCUCCGCGCGGCGCACGCGGGGCUCACCCGCCUCGUCGCCUCCCUCCACCUCCCCGGCGGCGCCGCCUGGCUCGACGAGUACAUGGACGAGACCUCCCGCCUCUGCGACGCAUGCGCCGCGCUCCGCCUGGGCGCCGCCGCCAUCGAGGCCUUCUCCGCCUCUGCCGCCCACGCCGCCUCCCUCCUCCAGACCUCCGCCUCAGGCGCCAGCCCCAACCUCUCCCGCCAGGUGACGCGGGCGAUCUCGGUGUGCAGGAGGGAGGCGUCGGCGCUCAAGGAGGAGAACAGGGCGCUGGUGGAGACGCGGGGCGAGGAGCUCGCACUCCGCCUCAGCGAGGGCGUGCCGCCGGACGCCGCCAAGGCGCUCAGCGGCUUCAACGGCUUCCGGGGCGUGCUCUGCGCCACCAGGAUGCUCGCCUCCUUCCUCCUCACGCUCCUCUCCUGGGGCCUGCUCCACUACUCGCCCUCCUCCCGCGCCGGCUCCACUGCUCCUGGGGACUGCGGCGGCGCCCACUUCGGCCCGGCGUUCGCGUCGGCGCUGUCGCGCGCGCAGCAGCGGGCGGCGGCGGAGGCCGACAGGGCGUCCGCGGCGGGGGCCAUGAUGUACGAGUUCCGGCGCGCCAGGACGGCCGUGGAGCAGCUCAAGGACGCCAUGGACAGGGGCGGCGGCAGCGGGGCGGGCGCCGCGGCGGAGGAGGUGGCCCAGUGGGCCGGGACGCUGCGGUCGGGCUGCGACGACAUGGUGGCGCUCAUCGACGACCUGUUCGACGAGAUCGUCGAGGGGAGGAAGAAGCUGCUCGACCUCUGCAGCGGCAGCAACUAACUUAACGGACUCACUCACUCGUCAAUGGCGCCGCCGGCUCUGCUUCUUCCACUUCCACCACCCUUGUGUGUUUCUUUCUUUCUUUGUUUGGGGUUCCCGACCGAUCGACCAAAUGCUGCCUGCCGAGUUCAUAACAGUUGGACAUGCUUGUCUGAUCAUAAAUGGCACCCGAAAUGGAUGGGGAAAAGAUGCUUUUAACUUCUUCUUCCAGUUUGCGCUGUACAGUGGAGUACGUACCCAUCCAUGAUUAAGGCUAACCUAACCUGCUGUACUGUAAUUAACGAUCUUCAGAAAUAAACAAUUCUCACAUA